AUGGCGUCUUGCCGGACGGCGACGGGCGCCGCCUGGUGCUGCCGCCCGGCGGGGGGGUCCCGAACAGCGGCGGCAUCUCAGGCCAGGGUCAAUGAUCGCGGCCCGUCGUUCUGCCCCGUUUUGGUCGGAAGCGCCAGGCAGCCUGGCGCGGUCGCCGCCGCUGCCCUGGACGGCGGCAUCAAGGGACAGGACGCGCGCCGGCCGGUGGCAGCCGAGCCGGAGGAGGAUGCGGCGCGUCAUGCCCCCGUGCGGGAGGUGUUCUCGAUCCAGGUGGCCGGGAGGGUGUCGCGGUGCGCGAUCCCGGGGCUGCUGAAUUUUUUGAAGUCGAGGCCGGCGGCGUCGUGGGGCAGCGGGUCGAGCGGUGGGGGGUGGGGGGAGGGCGGCGGGGGCGGGGGAGGUGGAGGGGGCGAUGGGGUCUGGGAGGCGUUCAGGCUGGCGGCCGUCGAGGAGGAGGAGAGCGACGAGGAGGAAGAGGACGAGGACGAGGAGCAGGAGGAGGAGGAGGGGUGGGAGGGGCAGGGUGAGGACGAGGAUGAGGAGGACUACGUCGACCCCACGGCCCCUUUCUACUGCGCGGAGAUGGUGUCGGAGGGGCUCAUGGAGGGGGCUGGCGUGCCCAGGGAGGUGGACCUGUUUGCUGGCCUGAAUUGUCAGCCUGGAUUUACUUGCUCGCAGUCAGAGCUAAAAAAGGACUUGCAAACACUUUCACAAACAGAGGGCAUAGACAAGGUGGAAGUGCGUGUGACUCCCAUAAGGGGAACAGCCGGAAAGAAGUGUCAAGUUCGAUUCAUCUUUUCAUCCAAAAUAUACCCUGAGAUGAAGUCUUUCAAAGUGAGUGGAGCAACGGCUGUCCCACAAGAGAUAGUUGAUUCGGUCAUGGAUGUAUACAAGAGCAUGAAUGAAGACGAAAUUCUACCACAGAACAACAUGAAGACAAUUGGCAUGAUGAGAAAUACGAUCGAAAAAUGGUAUCAAGAGAGAGGGUACAUCAUGUGCUACAUCAAGCAAUUUGAUGGUCUGGAGACAGGGAAGGUUUCUGCCCGAGUGGUCGAAGGCCGCGUGAACAAGGUCAAGGUUGUGUUCGUCGAUGAGGAGGGUAAUGAAAAGAAGCAUGGAAAUGCGACGCCAGAGUCGAUGGUCAGGAGAGAGGUGCUGUUUGUGCCAGGAAUGUUGUACAACCAGGAAGACAGCCGCCGUGCCCUGAGAGACCUUAUCGGGACUGGCAUGUAUGAGAAUGUCCAAGUUCUGCCCGAGCAAACCAAGAAGGAUGAGCGCAAGGUGGACGUCACGGUGAUGGUCAAGGAGAGGCCAAUGAAGACCACUGAGGUUGAAUGUGACUGGAGAGUGAAGAGCAGGAACCGAGUACCCAUGUUGGAGAGCCUCAUUCCUGGGGGCACGAUCGUUGUCGAUCACAGGAAUUUGUUUGGUAAGGGCCACUCCCUCACUGGAACAGUGACCACAUCCAACAUAGUGGACCCCCAGGAUUUGGGCUACAGGCUGGAGUACAAGCGCCCGUACAUUUAUGGGGAAGCUGACCCCAAGCGCACGGGACUCUCCAUCAAUGCCUUCAACUCCAGAAGAUUAUCAGGUGUCUUCACUGCCGGCCCCACUGGUGCAAAUGUUCCCCCUGUCUAUGUCCACAGAGCUGGGGCCAAGGUGUCUGUGGAGCAGCACUACAACUGUAGCAGCAAGGGCAGCUUUGGCUUUGUGGCCCAGGAGAUCACAGCCUUUGAUGAGGCUGGGUCUGUGGCAGCGCGGGGCUCCCGGAGCCACAACCAGGCGGAUGGCCCUCCCACCACUCUUGGGGUGGAGGGUCAGGACCAGCAGUUGAUGCUUCAGUGGAACGUGGUCAGGGACACUACUUACUCUGUCAACGGUACUCCUGUUGGUGCCAGGGACUCUUUCCAGGUGGAUCAGGGGACGGGCAUCGGCGGCCUGUUCAAUCGCUACGUCCUGACGCUCACCCGCUUCAUCAAGCUGAGGGAGUCCAGGGGCUUCAGGCCACCCACAGCCCUGGUCGUUCAGGCACGCCACGGCAACACCACUGGGGACCUGGCCGCCUACGAUGCGCACUGCCUUGGUGGGCCCUUCUCAGUGAGGGGCUGCAGAAUUGGGGAGGUUGCCACUGCGCGGCGCUUCCUGGAGGCUGCUGUGGAGCUGCGUGUGCCAACGCCAGUGUUCAACCACCAGUUUUAUGGCUUCUACGAGUAUGGCACGGACAUGGGGUCCUCGAAAGAGGUGCUGGGCAACCCCACACAGUACUUCAGGAAGCCGGGAACAAGCUCCUCAAGGGGCGUGGGCCUGAAGGUUGGGCCUGUGCGCGUGGAGUGCGUGCAGGACUUGAACAUGGGGAAGACGGGCUCGUUCGUCACCAUUGGAGAGAGGUUUUGA